CAAGAUUUCAGACUUCGGAGAAAGAGAUAAAAAAAGAAAAAAAUAGAGAGACCAAGAGAUCGUUUGACUAUUAAUAAUAGCGAUGUCGCACGUCACGAGGAAAUGCCCAAAAUCCAAACGAGCUUUGUUCUUUCCAUUCACAAAAUUUCCUAUUUUCCCUCUUUUCUCUUUUCCAUCUUCCAAAGGAUUUGAAGAAGCAGUACAAGUAGGGAGAGAAAGCAGGAAAAGUAAAAGCUCCGCUUUUCGCUUUUCUACACUCUCCUUUCCGGAGAAAAUGGUAGAAGAAUGUCUUUUCUUCAACAAGGAUGCUUUAAUUGUAAAACCGUUGAAGAAGUCUCCGACCGUGUUGAGAAUGAUUCUGCUAGUCUUCGCAAUGUUCUGCAGCAUUUACAUUUGCUCGAUCUGUCUAAAACAGAUCGGAAACCAUGUGAAUUCUAAGUUCUCCAUUGAAUUUCCCGAACGCCCUUGUCAUGGCAAAGGCAUUCAACCGUGGGAGGAUCCAUAUGCCCAUUAUCCAAAACCCAGAACUUAUAGCAGAGGAGAUUGCGAAUGCAAUCCUGUCCGGUUCUUUGCAAUUCUUUCAAUGCAGAGGUCUGGGACCGGAUGGUUCGAGACGUUGCUUAACAGCCACAUCAAUGUCAGCUCAAAUGGGGAGAUCUUCUCCCUUAAAGAAAGGAGGAGCAAUUUCUCGGUGAUUGAGAGGACGUUAGAUGAAGUGUACAAUCUGGAUUGGUUGAGUAGCGCCUCGAAGAAUGAGUGUUCAGCUGCUGUCGGAUUCAAGUGGAUGCUUAAUCAGGGUCUCAUGGUGUAUCAUGAAGAAAUAGUCGAAUAUUUCAACCGAAGGGGUGUUUCUGUAAUAUUCCUAUUCCGUAGGAAUCUCUUGCGCAGGUUGAUUUCAGACCUCGCAAAUUCAUAUGAUCGAUACGCUAAGCUACUAAAUGGGACCCACAAAUCUCAUGUGCAUUCACCGGAUGAGGCAAAGGUACUUGCUGAAUACAGGCCCAAUAUCAACACAACGUUAUUAAUAAGUGGUCUGAAAAUCAUAGAGGAAUCAACUGCCAAAGCGUUGGAGUACUUCAGGAGCACUCGCCACAUUAUUCUGUACUAUGAGGAUCUCAUCAACAACCGCACUAAGUUGUUGGACGUUCAGGAUUUCCUAAGGGUCCCACAUAGGGAUCUGGUGAGCCGUCAGGUAAAGAUCCACACAAGACCCCUAUCCAAUCAGGUCAUUAACUGGGAUGACGUCUCCAAUACACUCACGGGUACACAGUAUGAAAACUUCCUCUAUCCUGACUAUCAAACCUAGAGAACUGAUACUGUAAAUAAGUCAUUCCAUUCAUUUUUGUCAUAUAAGCUGGCAACAAGUCGUUGCUGGUCGUUCGAGUUUCUUCCUAUUGUUUUGACCUUUUUUUUUGGCUGUUAGUACAGACGAGAAGAGGCUUCCAUGGUGUUAAUUUUCUGACCUGGACCUUCUCUCUUGUAUAUUUAUUAAGUCAAUCAAUCAGAGCUGAAAUCAGUUUUCAAGGUGAAA